GUAGGGUUGUAACAGUGUGAAAGAGAGGGGGUCCCAAGUGGAAUUUAUUGUUUCUACCUAUCGCAUGCAUCCGUUUUGUUUUCUUUUUAUUUUAGAUGUGGUGUUGUGAAAUCUAAUGGCAUGCUUAGAAAUGUACAACAACUCAGAGCACAACAAGAACAACAAGGGUGAUAAUCAUCACCAUCAUCAUCAAUGCGCUCCAAUGAGCCCAAGAAUCUCUUUCUCAAAUGAUUUUGUGGAUGUGCAACAAGCCAUGAAGCUGCAAGAACAAAGAGGUGGCUCAUCCAGAUCAGACACGCCAGUGUCUUCAGACUUCGAGUUUUCAGUGGCAAACUACACCAUGAUGAGUGCUGAUGAGCUUUUCUUCAAGGGAAGGUUGAUGUCGUCCACUUAUGUUAACACGGACAACAACAACCAGCAGAGGGCCACCACCACUCUCAAGGAAGAGCUUCUUAUAAAUGAUGAUGAAUAUGAUCAUAAUUUUUCUCUCAGGCCUCCCAAGCCUUCCUCAACUAGGUGGAAGGGACUUUUGGGUCUUAGAAAGUCUCACAUUGGCUCCAAGAAGCCUCACAAAAGUACUGAAGCUAGUUCUUCAGAAGCAUCAAGGUCUGCAUUCGUCAACGAGGGACCUCCAACUAGUAUCACUUUCUCAGGAGGUGUUGAAUGAAGGAAGCUCAAGUUGCAGAGAUUUGGAGAUUGGCUUAUAAGUUAUGGUUGGUGGUAGUGUUGAAUAUUUGUAGAGGAAUUAAUGGACCCUUUUUUUUCUCCUCUCCUUUCUUUCUUUUUGUUUUUCUUGCCUUGCUGAUGACAAGGUGGAGGGGGAAAAAGGUCAUGCUCUUUUUUGUUUAAUUCUCUCUUCUUCAUUGGAAUGGGAUGAGUUAAGUAACUUAAUUUGUGCUAGGAAUUUGCUUGUCAAUGUCGAUUCUUCUUUUCUUCUCUCUUCUAAUUUCUCUUGAUACCGUAUAAUAUAAUGUAGGAUUUGGUUA